AAAGACAAACUGGUAACAGAGUACAAUUCGUAUCUUCUGAUUGUAGCAGCUGGAGAUGUUACUAAACCAGAACUGAUUUACACUGUCAAUAGCAAAUUCCAAUAUGAAUAAUUUUCGAAAGGCACAUACAUUUUUGAGGAAUAUACCCAACAGAAGCGCCCUUGAAACAAAGCUUUCAACAUCCGCAUGUUACAAAAAGGAAGUUGCGGAGUUCACUAUCCCCAAACGUAUACCACGUAGCUCAACAGACAUCUUAAGGGCUUUGGCAAAUACUGUACAGCAAGAUGUGACAGCACCACAUUAUAAAUAUCAUGAUGAUCCAUAUUUUAUACCAAUGUCUAAUGUUGGGAAAAGAACAUUUGCAUUGGCUAAGGAAUCUGGUCGCAAAGCAGCAAAAUGGGUUAGGGCUCAACAUCCAGAAUUCUUUCAGCAUCGAGUGGCUGAUCCACCAAUAAAGGAUUAUUUUCCACUGGAAGUGUAUACAGAGGAGAGUAAUGUGGACACAGAUACCUUAAAGACACUUAUUGAAGACUGUCGUGUCUCGGAUGCGAUAACAGUUUAUCAACUUCUUGAGAAUGCAGGGAAAGAUGUUCCUGCCAGUAUAAAACAAGCUUUUUUGGAGUUAAUCUGCUUUUUUAAUUGUGAAGAAGCUCACGCAGAAGAUCUGAUUGAGGAACACUGGUUUCGACAAGGUCCCCGAGGUUACGCAAGAUUAAGAAAAACUUGGAAAGAUAAUGGUCUUGCUGAAAAAAUCUUCACCUCUUUGAAAUCGCCAGAUGCCUCUGCAUACUGUGCUCUUAUCCAGGGAAUGACCCGAUUUUAUCAGGUAGAGAGGGCUUGGCAAUUGUAUCAAGAAAUGCUUCAGAAAGGCAUGCCACUUACAGUUGAAGCAUACAAUUCUCUCAUCCGCGUAUCUAAUUUUCUCCGAGAAAGUAAUGAAUUGCGAUGGAAGCUGAUUGAAGAGUUGCUGACGGCAAUGUCAAAGCAGGAACUUGUGCCAAAUGUUGGUACAUUAAAUGCCGUUCUGGAGGUUAUUAGUAGUAUGAGUUCCCAGAAACUCAGUAAGACAUAUGCUCUGCAAAUACUAUCAGAGUUCAGAAGGAUAAACAUUGAACCAAGUUUAGCAUCUUAUUAUUAUUUGCUUAUGAUAUUCUGCAAGGAAAGAGGUCCUGUGAGCUCCAUUCUUUUAGACAUAAUGAACUACAUAGAAAAUAAAGAAUAUAAAGUUACACAUCCCAAAGACACAUUUUUCUUUGUUACUGCAAUGGAUGUUUGCAGAAAUCAUCUUCAGGAUAAAGAACUGGCAUACAGGUUGGAUAAAUUUCUGCACAGAGGAAACAAUUAUGAUCUGAUUGGAGACUCAUAUAAAGAGUCAAUCUACUAUCGGCAUUUUUUUGCUCUCCUGUGCGUAAGUGAGCCUCUAGAUGUCCUUAUGGAAUAUUACAAUAAACUAAUUCCACAUAUAUACAUUCCAGAACCAAGUGUUAUGGAGGAGGUAAUUAAAGCCAUUGACUUAAGCGGCCAGGUUGAUCAUCUUCCAAGAGUGUGGUCAGAUAUGGUCACUUUUGAUCACACUGAUAGGGAGAAAUUGAUAUCCAAUCUUUUAGAGUCAAUGGCCAGAAAUUUACCACCAGUGGAUUCACCAACUGCUCUACAGUUUGCUGAUGUAGCUUGGGAAAUUUUUAACAAAUUUCAAGAAAAAGUUGAUGUUAAAUCUGCACUCAGUUGGACUGGGCAAAAUCUUGGAAACAUCAUCAUUCUGUUGCUGAAUGGCCAAGAGAUUGAAAAGGCAUUUGCAGUAUUGGACAAGCUUGACAAGGAACAUCACAAAAUUGUUGGCUUGCCAGAGGUUACAGUUUUAAACCAACUUCUGGAUGCUUGCAUUGCAGUCAACAAUAGUGAAAAAGCAGUUGUCUGCAUCCGCUACUGUGCUGAUGCCGGUUAUUCAGAAGCUGAAAAUAUGGGUGCUAAAUUGAAAGAAAAACUGCAGUUGGAUAGUACAACACUUGAAAGAUUAGCCACUGUCUUAAACAGGGGAAUGGCAAAAAUCCUACCUAAUUUAUCAGAAAAUAAAUGAUAAUUUUGAAAAUAA